CUGUGGAAGUUGCAUUAAAAAUGGCUUUACAAUCUACUUGUAAAAGAUAUUUUAAUGAACAAGAUGAUGAGUUACAAAAAAUAAAAAUUUUGGGUUUAUACGGAUCUUAUCAUGGUGAUACCAUUGGAAAAUGGUUUAAUCCACCACGAAUCUUGUUCAAAAAUAAUGUUUACAAUUUACAAAUACCUUUUUCAAACCAAACGAUACAUUACCCUUCAUUAUCAUCAAUAUUUUCUCCAGAACGUUCCUUUUCGGAUCCAGUUUCUCUAAUUUAUAAAAAACAUAUCAAAGAAACCAUUACUCGUUUUAUUAAUGAAGGAAAUAAAUUUGGUGCUUUAGUACUUGAACCAAUUGUAAUGGGCGCAGGUGGUAUGAUAUUUGUUGAUCCAUUAUUUCAAAAGUUACUUGUAGAAUUUGUUAGAGAAUGGGAUGGUUGGAUUGAACAUUGGGGUGAUAAUCAACAAAAUGAUAAUGAUUGGAAAGGAUUACCUGUUAUCUUUGAUGAAGUUUUUACGGGAUUUUGGAGAUUAGGUCAAUUAAGUGGUGCUAAUGCAUUGGGUGUGACACCAGAUAUAGCAACUUAUGCUAAAUUAUUAACAGGUGGUUUAAUACCAAUGUCUGCAACUUUAACAACUUCUUCAAUAUUUUCAACCUUUCUUG